ACUGGACCGCAUUGAAGAAGGAAUGGAUCAAAUUAAUGCUGACAUGAGAGAAGCGGAAAAAAAUUUAAGCGGAAUGGAAAAAUGUUGCGGCAUUUGCGUCCUUCCAUGCAAUAAAAGCCAAUCAUUCAAAGAAGAUGAUGGGACCUGGAAAGGUAAUGAUGAUGGAAAAGUGGUAAACAAUCAACCGCAAAGAGUGAUGGAUGAUAGGAAUGGAAUGAUGGCGCAAGCGGGGUAUAUCGGCAGGAUAACAAAUGAUGCUAGAGAGGAUGAAAUGGAAGAAAAUAUGGGUCAGGUAAACACAAUGAUUGGCAACCUCCGUAACAUGGCAUUGGAUAUGGGUUCUGAACUGGAAAACCAAAACCGUCAAAUUGAUAGAAUUAAUCGGAAGGGUGAAUCCAAUGAAGCGCGAAUAGCUGUUGCUAAUCAAAGGGCCCAUCAACUAUUAAAAUAAUGAGAUUAUAAGACGGAGAACAAAACAUCAACAUUUCAGCAAAAAGAAUUCUGAUUUGAACGAGUGCUACGGGAAAUUUAUUUAAUUUAUUUUUCAACGUUACCAACCUUACUUUUUGUGCUCUAAUAGUUAUUAAAAAUUAUCUUAUAUAUUAUGUGAUGUAUGUAUUAUUUUUUGUAUUUUAUGUAUUUUUUUUUUGAAUUGGAUUCCACAAAAAUAGAUAAGUUUUCCUUAUACGUCGAUUUAAAAAAGUCAUCAAUAUCUAGAGGAUAUUUUUGUCUCUAAGUUUACUUUUGGAAAACCUUAUGUAAUUUUUUUUUGUUUGGACAGCCAUCAAGUCCUUGUCUCAGGUUACGAAUUCCAUAACAGUAAUUAAAAACUCAUAAAAAAAACUUGUUUGGAAUUCGCUAAGUAUAAAAUAUUUAUAAUCCAUUUUGGUUUUUUUAUUGUCAUUACUAGAACCAACUUAUAUGUAAAUAAUUAAUUAAGAAUAAAUGUUACUUGUUAUAAAUAGUAAAAUUGAAAUUCGCUAAGUACUUAAUAUUUGUAAUCCAUUUUUGUUUUUUUAUGGUCAUUACUAGAACCAACUUAUAUGUAAAUAAUUAAUUAAGAAUAAAUGUUACUUGUUAUAAAUAGUAAAAUUUUAAUUCGCUAAGUAUUUAAUAUUUGUAAUCCGUUUUGGGUUUUUUAUUGUCAUUACUAGAACAAACAUAUAUGUAAAUAAUUAAUUAAGAAUAAAUGUUACUUCUUAUAAAUAGUAAAAUUGUGCAUAUAAAAAACUAUAUAAGAUUUAGUUGGUGUCGUCGGCUACAUAGUUGCAUUAAUAUAAUUAAAAUAAUUUUAAUAAUGAUAAAAAUGCACAAAAAUAUAAAAUGUAUUCGAAGUAAAACUGAGACUUCAAAGUAACAAAUAAACACUAUGCGUAUAAUUAUGUUGGUUGCAGUAACAUUUUUUGCUCACACUAAAAUGUUAUUAAGCCCUUCUGAUUAGUGUUACAAAAUGUUUUUAAGGGAAACAAUAGCGUAAAAUAUAUAAAAAAUCGGCUUAAAAAAUUUUGAAAACGUUACCGUUAUGUCAAUCAGCAGGUUAAAUGUCUGCAAUUAGUAUUUAGCCCUUAUCAAAUUGUUAAGAAAAUAAAAUAAAAUUCUGACCAAUUA